CUCCGGCGCAAGCACCCUCCCAGCGUUCAGUGGGCGCGCGGGCGGCGGGCACCUUAGUCGCUACGGCAGCGUACGCUGAACGGACGGAGGCGGCUGUCCGCGGCAGCUGAGGCAGCCCCACGCGGACUAGGUAGAGAGAGAGAGAGAGAUCGCAGGUGCACACCCUCCCGCCAUGAAGACCCCUGCAGCCUGUGCAGGAGACGCCCUGGACACAGCAGCCCCCUGCUCCGUGGUGAACUACCUGAGAUGGGACCUGAGCGCCCAACAAAUAGGGGAGCUCACGGCGGAGCUCAUGGAGCAGACCAAGCGCGUGUAUGACCAGGUGGGCUCCCAGAAGUUUGAGGAAGUGUCCUAUGAGAAUACACUUAAGGCACUGGCUGACGUGGAGGUGUUCUACACAGUUCAGCGGAAUAUCCUUGACUUCCCCCAGCACGUUUCUCCAUGUAAGGACAUUCGGACGGCCAGCACAGAGGCCGACAAGAAGCUGUCUGAGUUUGACGUGGAGAUGAGCAUGAGGCAGGAUGUGUACCAGAGGAUCGUCUGGCUGCAGGAAAAAGUUCAGAAGGACUCGCUGAGGCCAGAGGCAGCACGGUACCUGGAGCGGCUGAUCAAACUAGGCCGAAGGAACGGGCUCCACCUGCCGGAGGAAACUCAAGAAAAAAUCAAAGGCAUCAAAAAGAAGCUGAGUCUCCUGUGCAUUGACUUCAAUAAGAACCUGAACGAGGACACGACCUUCCUGCCCUUCACACGAGAGGAGCUGGGAGGGCUUCCUGAGGACUUCCUGAACUCGCUGGAAAAGACUGAGGAUGAGAAAUUCAAAGUCACCCUCAAGUACCCUCACUAUUUUCCUCUUCUGAAGAAAUGCCAUGUACCUGAGACCAGAAGGAAGGUGGAGGAGGCCUUCAAUUGUCGAUGCAAGGAGGAGAACUGUGCCAUCCUCAGGGAGCUGGUGACCCUGCGGGCCCAGAAAUCCAGCCUGCUGGGCUUCAGCACGCACGCCGACUACGUCCUGGAGAUGAACAUGGCCAAGACCAGCCAGGAAGUGGCUACUUUCCUAGACGAACUGGCCCAGAAGCUGAAGCCCCUCGGAGAGAAGGAGCGGGCAGUGAUCCUGGAGCUGAAGAAGGCCGAAUGUGAGAAGAGGGGCCUGGACUUCGAUGGGCGGAUCAACGCCUGGGACAUGCGCUACUACAUGAACCAGGUGGAGGAGACGUGCUACAGCGUGGACCAGAACCUGCUCAAGGAGUACUUCCCCAUGCAGGUGGUCACCAGGGGGCUGCUGGGCAUCUAUGAGGAGCUGCUAGGACUGACCUUUGACCUGGAGGAGCACGCCGCUGUGUGGCAUGAAGAUGUGAAGCUGUACUCAGUGAGGGACACGUCCUCAGGGACAGUCGUUGGGAAGUUCUACCUGGACCUCUACCCGAGGGAAGGCAAGUAUGGGCAUGCAGCCUGCUUUGGCUUGCAGCCAGGCUGCCUGCGGCCGGACGGGAGCCGCCAGAUUGCCAUUGCGGCCAUGGUGGCCAACUUCACCAAGCCCACCCCGGACGCCCCCUCCCUGCUGCAGCACGAUGAAGUGGAGACCUACUUCCACGAGUUUGGGCACGUGAUGCACCAGCUGUGCUCUCAGGCGGAGUUCGCCAUGUUCAGUGGGACACACGUGGAGCGCGACUUUGUGGAGGCGCCUUCGCAGAUGCUGGAGAACUGGGUGUGGGAGAAGGAGCCGCUGCUCAGGAUGUCUCAGCACUACAGGACGGGCAGCGCCAUCCCCCAGGAGCUGCUCGAGAAGCUCAUCAAGUCCCGGCAGGCAAACACAGGUCUCUUCAACCUGCGCCAGAUUGUCCUGGCCAAGGUAGACCAGGCCCUGCACACGCAGAAGGCUGCAGACCCGGCCGAGGAGUACGCCCGCCUCUGCCAGGAGGUCCUCGGCGUCCCAGCCACGCCAGGAACCAACAUGCCUGCAACUUUCGGCCACCUGGCGGGAGGCUACGACGCGCAGUACUACGGCUACCUGUGGAGCGAGGUGUACUCCAUGGACAUGUUCCACACGCGCUUCAAGCAGGAGGGCGUCCUCAAUGGCAAGGUUGGCCUGGACUACAGAAACCGCAUCCUGAGACCAGGUGGCUCCCAGGAUGCCAGUGUCAUGCUGAAGCUCUUCCUGGGUCGUGACCCCAAGCAGGAUGCCUUCCUCCUGAGCAAAGGCCUGCAGCCAGUGUCCAUGACCCCGACUUGGUGGCCAGCCUGGGCUGAAGAGAGCUCGUCCUCAAGAUAUCUGGAAAGUGCUUGCGUCUGGUCAAGGCUUUCUCUUUGUUGCACUAAUACAGCUCCUUCCUGGGAAUUUGUCCUACGUAAGGGGCUGGUUCUUUGAAAUUCAGCCAUUAAAAAAGAAAAAAGACGCUGGCCUGUUCUCUGAUACCUGUCCCU